CACGCGUUGAUGGUUACGAGGAAGCGGCGAAAAUUUUUCGUGAAAUUGACGAUGAGAAGUCACCGGAAUGGAUGAAAUUUCUGGGUCUCAUUAAGAAGAUGGUCGUCGAUUCAAAUGUGGUCGCACAGGAGAAAGGUCUCGAAGCGGCGUUAAUAUUCGUGGAGAAUUGCAGUCAAGCUGGCAAAACGGUGGGUGAUGUCAUGGCCGGCAUUGUGCAAAAAUGCAUUGCCGCACCGAAAGCCAAAACCAAAGAUUUGGCUGUGCAAGUGACGCUCAUGUAUAUUGAGAUCGAAAAACAUGAGGCCGUCGUUGAGGAACUCGUCAAGGGUAUGGAACAUAAAAAUCCAAAAAUUGUUGCCGCUUGUGUUGCGGCCACAACAUUGGCGCUGCGCGAUUUCGGCAACAAAGUAGUGAGCGUAAAGCCGCUAAUUAAGAAACUAGCACCGCUAAUGAGCGAUCGUGACAAAACCGUGCGCGACGAGGGCAAACAACUGGCCGUCGAAAUAUAUCGCUGGAUUGGCGCCGCAAUGAAACCACAAAUCACAACAUUACCGCAGGUCACACUUAAAGAACUCGAAGAUGAAUUCGACAAACUCAAGGGAGAAAAGGCUGAACCGUCAAGAUAUUUGAAGUCACAACAAGAGAAACAACAGCAAAUCUCGGCUGCUGCUGCCGAGCAAGAGGAAGCAGGAGAUGAUGAAGAUGGUGAGGGUGAAGAAUGCAUUGAUCCAAUGGACCUCAUCGAUCCUGUUGAUAUACUCUCCAAGAUGCCUAAAGAUUUCUAUGAAAAGUUGGAGGAGAAGAAAUGGACUUUGCGUAAGGAGUCAUUGGAAGCGCUCGAAAAACUUUUGACCGAGAAUCCCAAAUUGGAAAGUGGCGAGUACGGAGUGCUGGUGAACACACUCAAAAAGGUUAUCACGAAGGAUAGCAAUGUUGUUUUGGUGGCAAUGGCCGGCAAGAGUUUAGCGAUGUUAGCCAAUGGAUUGGGCAAACGUUUCGGAACUUAUGCUAUGGCCUGCGUUCCGUCGCUCUUGGAAAAGUUCAAAGAGAAGAAAGCCAACGUUGUCGCCGCGCUACGUGAAUCCAUGGAUGCGAUCUAUCCCUCCACGAAUCUGGAAGCGAUGCAGGAAUGCAUUGUAGAAUCGUUGGGAAAUAAAAAUCCUAGCGUUAAAUCUGAAACGGCUUUCUUCCUAGCACGUGCCUUUGCACGCACGCAACCAACCGCAAUCAACAAGAAACUACUAAAAUUGCUUGUUACCACACUGAUUAAGACACUAAAUGAACCUGAUCCUACAGUACGUGACGCCUCAGCCGAAGCACUGGGCACACUGCUUAAGCUGAUGGGUGAGAAGUCCGUUGGGCCUUUCUUAGUAGAGGUGGAUGCGCUGAAGAUGGCCAAAAUCAAAGAAUGUCAGGAGAAGGCUGAGAUUAAAGUGAAGGUGGUGGGCGUAAAAAAGGAGCGUCCCGCUACAGCGCCUGCAUCGAAAACUUCAGUGGCAGCCGCCUCGUCAGCUGGCAAUGUGGCUUCCGGGGCAUCUUCGCGUAGCGGCUCUACCGAACCGAAACCAGUGUCACGGCCCGCCACUGCAGGCAACAAAAAACCAGUAACCAAACGCGCUGUGGGAGGUGGCGGUGCAGGUGGUGGCGCACCUCUUGCCAAAUCCGCCAGUAGCGCUAAAGUGCUGACCACUGAACGUGAAAUGUCACUAGAGGAAGUUCAAGCUAAAGCUGAGGAAUUGUUACCGGCCGAUGUGCUAGCCGGUUUGAUUGACUCGAACUGGAAGAACCGUUUGGCAGCGUGCGAGAAUGUAUUGCAAAUUAUUGGCGAUUUCGACGCUAAGCAAUCGGGUGUAUCACAGGUACUCGUGCGUACGAUUAGCGCACGUAAACCGGGCUUGAAGGAGAUGAACUUCCAAGUGCUAAAGCAUAAACUUGACAUAAUACGCAUUGUGGCCGAAACCUAUCCUCUAACAACAAUCACUAUCGAUUUGGUUGUUAAUGAAGUGACAGAGAAAUUGGCUGACAUUAAAAAUGGCUCCACCGCGGCUGAUGUCUUGACCGCCUUUGCUGAAGCUACCAAACUGGAGCAUAUAGUUGGACGUGUACUCACAUUCGCCUUCGAGCAGAAAUCGCCGAAAGUACAGUCCGAAGCCUUGAAUUGGGUGAGCAAAGCCAUACUGGAGUUUGGUUUUCAAAUACAACCCAAAUUGCUGCUGGAUGACGUACGUAAGGCGGUGCAAAGCACAAAUCCUACAGUCCGCAGUGCCGCUAUCGGUCUACUCGGCACGAUGUCUAUGUACAUGGGUAGCACGCUAAUGAUGUUCUUCGAAAGUGAGAAACCUGCAUUGAAGUCACAAAUACAAACCGAGAUGGACAAAAAUGCUGGUGAAAAGCCACCGAAACCAGUGCGUGGCGUUAAGAAGACGGCUGCCAGCGCCAGCAGUGCCGCAGGCUCCGGUUAUGCGGACGAUGACGCAGGCGAUGAUGAUGAGCCGCAAGAGCAAGUAAAUUUGGCUGAUAUGUUACCACGCAUCGAUAUUGCACCACAAAUCACGGAGACACUGCUGAAAGAGAUGUCCGACAAAGACUGGAAGACACGUAAUGAGGGUCUCAAUAAACUACAAACUAUUAUAAGCGAAGCUAGGUUGAUUAAACCAACAAUUGGUGAUUUAGCCCCAGCACUGGCGUUACGCCUUGUCGACUCGAAUGCAAAGAUCGCACAAACCGCCAUGUCCAUCUGUGAACAGCUCGCGAAUGCCAUGGGUUCGAGUUGUAAGAGUCAUGUGCGCACACUUUUCCCCGGUUUCUUACAUGCACUCGGCGAUAAUAAGGCCGCCGUACGUGCAGCCGCCUUGAAUUGCAUCAAUAGUUUUGGCGAAAAAGGUGGCUACAAAGAAUUCUUCGAAAGUGAAAUGAUUGCCGAUGCGCUAAAAACCGGCUCACCGGCUCUUAAAUCUGAACUGUGGGGUUGGCUAGCCGAGCGUUUGCCACAAAUGCCUCCCAAAUCCAUACCUAAAGAAGAGUUAACCUCGAUGGUACCGCAUUUGUAUGCACAUAUCUGUGAUCGCAAUGUGGAUGUGCGCAAGAAUGCCAAUGAGGCGGUGUUAGGCAUAAUGAUACAUUUAGGUUUCGAGAAUAUGGUAAAAGCGUUGGAUAAACAGAAACCGGCAUCUAAAAAAGAUAUACAAGCAGCAUUAGAUAAGGCACGUCCAAAUUUGCCGGUGAAACCGUUACCUAAGGGCAAACAGCAGGCACCGAUUGAAGAGCCGGCAAAGAAGACAGUACGCGGCGGUGGCGCACAGAAAAAUGCUGCUACCAAGGGUGGCGCAGCAGGUGCGGCGGAUAAGACUGGCGGUUCGUCGCGUAAGAAAGACGAAGACGUCGACACGUCACCACUAUUGGCGGUGAAUAAUUCUAAAAAUCAACGUUUGAUUGACGAGCAGAAAAUGCGGGUAUUGAAGUGGACCUUCACAACGCCACGAGAGGAAUUUAUCGAGCUGCUGCGCGAGCAAAUGACGACGGCCAAUGUUAACAAAGGACUAAUGGCCAACAUGUUUCACGACGACUUUAGGUAUCAUUUGAAAGUUAUCGAGGCUUUGAACGAAGAUUUGCCUAACAACAGCAAAGCAUUAGUCUGUAAUCUGGAUUUAAUACUGAAAUGGCUUUCACUGCGUUUUUACGAUACAAAUCCUUCAGUUUUGCUGAAGGGCCUCGAGUAUCUUAAUCAAGUUUUCCAGACAUUGGUCGAAAUGGAGUAUAUACUGGCAGAGAAUGAGGGCAGCGCAUUCAUACCACAUUUGCUCCUGAAGCUCGGCGAUCCCAAAGACGCUGUACGCGUUGGUGUACGCUCCCUGCUACGCCAAAUCUUGCUCGUCUAUCCCUACACAAAAGUAUUUGCCUACGUUAUGGAUGGCCUCAAGUCUAAGAACGCACGUCAGCGUACCGAAUGCUUGGAUGAGCUCGGCUAUUUGAUUGAAAACUAUGGGCUAACCGUGUGCCAGCCAUCGCAACAGGUGGCAUUGAAAGAGAUAGCACGACACAUUUCCGAUCGUGAUAAUUCGGUGCGUAACGCAGCAUUGAAUUCAGUUGUACAAGCAUAUUUCUUAGCUGGCGAAAAGGUAUACAAACUGAUUGGACAACUAAAUGAAAAAGACCUGUCCAUGUUGGAUGAACGCAUAAAGCGCGCCAAAAAGACGCGCAAGCCCACAACAGUUGCAGCAGAUACGACGACAGCAGUGGGAGCCGGCGGUGCAGGUGGCGUCGGUGGUGGUGCUAAAUCGGGCGCACAGGUGGUGCAGCAGGAUAGCAUUGAAAUCGAGGAGCCCACAACAAAUGGCGACUACGAUGAGCUACCGCCGCCCGACGAGCAGCCAAUGCCGGCAGCAAGUGUGCAAUUGCAAACGAAUGCGUAUGAAGCAAAUGCCAGUACGGAUGAAAAAGACAAGCGCGCCUCUUCGCUCAUAAGACAAGCGACAUUCGAUCAGCCCGCAUCAACCCAGUAUUUAUAUCAACAGCCCAAAACGAGUGGUCCCUUUGGUUUGGAUCCCGAUGUAAUAGCGGAAAUCGAAAAAGGUUGGGUACGCGUCGAUCAAAUGCAGCUGGUGGUGCUGCCACCAGUCGAUGUGUCACUACUGCAUGAGCCCAUCAAAGUAAUACCGACACGUGACAAUGUAAAAUAUCCAGAGGAGAAAUUCCAGCAAUUAAUUUCGCGCUCGCAUUAUAUGCAACAAGGUGUGCUUAGUACACCGCCGUCAGCGUCAGCGAUUGCAACCGGUGGCGGUUGUGCAUCGCCGUACAUGAGCCCUCAGCAGCAUAUUCAUCACCAACAGCAGCUGAAUGCAACUGGUUAUGGUGGCGGUGGGCUCGGUUGUGGCAGUAGUGGCAGUAUGCAUACAACGGCUAACCUUGUUGAUGUCCUCCCCAAGCAUGAUCCUCAACUAAUCAAAAUGAUCAAGUCAAUAAGUAGCGUGGAUACGCUUAAAGCACGCGCUGCCAUCAGUGAACUUGCCGAGAUUAUCGACUCACCAGAAAAGCAGGCUGUGCUCCGCGACUAUGAGGAAAUUUUCAUACAAAAUGUAUUGGCACAGUUCAAAAAUCUUUCGCAGGUGCCGAUCACCGAGUCUUUGGUUGUAUACCAACCGCUACUAUCCAUACUCUACUCGUUUUUCCACUCCAAAACGUUGGGUAAAACGCUGAGUGUUGCCUGCAUCAAGAAUUUAAUGUCAGCGCUGCUAAAUCUCAUGGCCGAUCAGAAGCUGAAUACCGGCGAUGAUGGCCAAUAUAAUAAAGUUAUCAACGGCAUUUGCUUGAAGGUGUUGGAUAAAGCGAACUUCACGAAUUUAAACUGCGCAUUAAUACGUCUGUUGCGCGAAACCUGCCCGGUAGCUGGUUUGCCGAAAUUCACUGAUCUGCUGAUGAAAUGUAUUUGGCGAAAUGUGAAAAUGUUACCCGAACGCACCAAUGAACUGAAUUAUGAUGCCGUUAUAUUGGAAGUGCACGAAUUUAUGUUGGCUUUGCCCAGCAGCUGGUGGCAAACUCGUCCAUCCGAUACACCCUUGCGCACGGUCAAGACGAUUAUUCACAAUAUGGCCAAGGUGAAAGGCAAUGCCAUAUUGAAUCAUCUCAAUCAGAUACCUACGCACUCAGAGCUACAUACCUACUUGAUAAAAAUAUUGAAGAAUUUGGCUAAGGAGGGUCACAUACCGAGCGCCUCACCCCAACGUUCCGCCUCGGCUAAAGAUAUGCAUGGCAAACGCAUCUCCAAUCAAACGCAUGAGACAAUGUCACAGAUUUUCAAACUAAUCUCAGAUAAGGAAACAAAACAACAAGGACUGCUGAAACUAUACGAGUUUAAGGUACAAAAUUCCGAAAUUGACUUGACAACGUUCCUCAAAGGUGCCAGUCCCAGCUUCCAGAAGUACAUUGAAGAUGGUUUGGCCGACAUCGAACGCGCUGUAGCACAGUCCGGUGGUGCGGGCGACGGCCUACAGCGUGCACAAAAUGGUGAUAAUCGCGUAGCCUCAUCACGUUAUUCUUAUCUGACAGAUGCCAAUUUCCAGUACCAAACAACAACGGCUAGCGGUUUGGGCAACAGUAGUGGUGGCAGCGCGGGCGGUGCCAAGACAGCGGAUCCGGACUUUUGGAUGGAUCGCUUGAAUCACCUCAUCUCGAAGGCGAAUCUCGGUCGCAACGCGGAUGGCAUGAGCGGCACGCACACAAUGCUCGUGGACAAUAAAGAGGCAGAUGAAAAUCUCAAUUUGAACUCAGUGAAUGCGCAGCAAAAGAUGUCUUCGCUCAUACGAAGAGAUGUGAGUAAGCCUGAAUUAUCGCAGAAUCGCCUGCAGCACCUACAAGCAAAACUGGCAGCGUUCAAGAAGGAAAACCAUGCAUAGAUUAACAUGCCGUCAUGAAUAUGGAACUCAACUGCAGGUAUACGUGGGCUUUCGAAGCUUAGGUGUGAUUGACGGAUUAACUAACUUAAUUUUGAUAGAGGUGAAAAUAUAUACUAUAUAAUCGAACAACAACAAGCUUUGUAGUAUAGUAGCGCCGAAAAUAUACAACAACAACAACAACAAAAAACGCCGAAAGAAGUAGUCAAUGCGUUGCAUGUGUAAAACUUAAAACCCGAAAGAAAUGCGCUAAAACAUAUUUAAAUGAGCCAGUAACUCACUACAAGCGUGGCUGCGACAUAUAUAAAAAAGCAAAAACAAAAAGAAGGUAUAAGUUAAAAUUUCAUAAGAUUUAGCAUUAUAUAUGUAUAUCUAUAUAUAUAUAUAUAUACUUAACAUAAUCGUAAGUGAGUUUGGCUGCAAGGCGUAAAUUACAUCAAAAUAGCAGUGUGAAACAAUAAAAACAAGAAAGCAAGACAAAUGAGCAAAAAUUAAGUAUGGCUGCAACAAAAGUACUAAUAAUUAUAUACUACUAACAAACCAUUACCUUUAAUUACAACACAUACACACACCACACACACAAAGACACCCAUACACAUACAUACCUACAUCAGAACACACUCAUACACCUGGUAUUUAUGCUAAAUAUACAUUUUACUAUAUAUUCUUAAAUUAUUACCAAAACUGAUAUAAUGAACAAAAACAAAAACCAAUGAAGUUGAAACUACAAAAUAAAAUGAAUUUUGAAUCGGUUAAUAUACAUAUAUACAUACCAAUAAAAAGAAUGGAUUUAUGCAUGUCGAUCGGCAUUGAGUCUAAUGUUAGUUUAAUAACAGUAAAGCAAAUGAAAUUGAAUUAACAUUUGAAACCGAAAGUAAACAAAAAAGUGCGUAAAGAAAUUGAAAAGCAUGUAUUUGCUGUGUGAGAACUCUCCCUAAUGACUGCGGUUUUCCCUAAAUUAUGGAGUUUAUAUAAAUAAGUUAUUCUGAUAGUGUUAGGCAAAGGAGUUUAGCAAGUUAUUUGAAACAAUACAACAACAAAUGAAGUGAGGAAAGAGCAAAUCAAAUAUUUGCGUGAGAGGUCAUGUGAGCGCCGCAAGUAUGCACGCAUGUGCUUUGAUUAUUUUUUGUUGUUUUAGUAAAAGGCAACUGUUAUUGUAUUAAGCAGCCUAAUUAACGUGUGUUAAGGAAAUGCAACUAGUUUCGAUAUUUCACUUCAUUACUGUAGUUACUUUUAUUUUGUUGAAGGUUUUCGCUACUCGCGUAAAGUGUAUUACAGAACACACCUAUGUAAUAUUGCUAAAGAUUUUUUAGUUCGUUUAGCGGAUUUGUAACCCCGGAUCGAAUGUGCUAAAAUAAAAAGGUAUGGAUCUUCUGUAAUUUUAACUGGAACCAUUAGUCGUACAAAGUCUGAUUUUGUUUGCAUUAAAGAAUUGAAAUAAAAUAUAAACCUUGGGCACUAACAACGAUGCGCAAGAAGAAGAAAGCAAUUUGUGGAGAGUAGAAAAACGAUAUUGGUUUACUUGAAAAUGCACAUAAUGUCGGAUGAUAAAAACCUAUAAAAUCCUACUUAUGAAAAAAUAUUUAAUAAAAGGCAAUCUCAUAAUUUUUGUAGAUAAAAUUUUUAAUUUAAGUAUAAAUAUAAAAUACAUAUAUACUCUUUCGGCUUAAUAACUAAUGUUGAAACAUUAAUUUCCAAAAAAAUGAAAACAAUCCUUUGAUUUUAGUUCCUUAAGCAAGUUGGCUUUAUGAACUAGAAAACUUACGGUUAUAACAAUAUAAAUGGAUUACGAAAUGAAAAAAUAUAUUUUUAAUUUUUUAAGUAUCGUCACAGAUCAUUUUCCUUUUUAUUGUUUAUAAAAUAAGUCAAGCAAUGAUGUAUAGGUUUUAUUUACUACAAAAAACCACAGCAAUUUGUGAGUGUUUUUAGGCUUAUAAAUAUCUAUUGAAAAGAAAACUAACUUUCAAUUUAUGCCUAAACUAGGUAAACAAAAUCGAGCAUACUCGUAACUCCAAGAAAGCCAAUCUAAAAUGACUCCUGCAAAAAAAUAAAAUAAAUAAAAAGUUAAAUAAUUGGAAAAUACUUUUCAGUGGCAAACCUACAUAAGCGAGUUUAAAACUAGUAUUAUAAUUUUAUAUAACAUUUAUCCGCCUAAAUCUCCAACUAAAUUUGUAUAACAACAAUUCAUCUUGUGCUUAACUUUAGAAAAACUCAUCUUAAAGCUAUUUUUGCUUGAAUACAUAGUUAGCAAUUAUAAUUGUAAAUAUGUUAUCGUCAUUUCAGUCAUCUCGAAUUAACGCUUCGCUCAUUCGUUCAUUGUUCUACGCUAAUUUUUAGUCAUACUUUGUUGAAACUUUAUUUUUGUUCACUAAGAAGCUGCGAGAUCUGCAGAAAAUUAAAACAAAAUGGAAAAAAACUAUUUCUAAUAUACACAUACAUACAUAAUUCUUAGAUAUGUUUAAUUGUUAAAAUUAUAAGCUACUAAGUUUCUAUUUUAAUAUACUUAUUUUCAUGUUACGUUAACGUUUAAUUUAUUAACGAUAAACGCAUUAAAAAUAUUUAAAUAUACAUACAUAUAUAAAAGAAAAUAUAUCAAAUAUUCGUUUAAGUUCAAACACACAAACAAAACAAACACACAUCUACACACAUAAACAACACGUUAAUACAAUGAAAUGAAGCGCUUAGUCGCCUUCACUAAUCUUACUAAAAUAUUAUUUUUUUAAUAUUCAUUAUUCUCUAUAUUGUUUUGUAUCAAAAUCGCGUCUUGUUGCGCUGAAAAAAAAAAACAAU